CUGAUUUGUGUAAAGUCAAAAUGCCAUAUGUCACUGCAUACCUGUCAUUUUUUUUCUACUUAAUUUCACAUAUUCCUGGCGGUUUUGGUGCAGAAAUUUCCUUAUGGAAUAUAGAGAUAAAUGGGAAGCAAAACUCGGCUGUCUUCAGGAAAACCCUGUUUGCCAACACAACAAUCUUCCUGAAAUUUAAAGGUGAUGAGCUAUCAUGUGAUGACCACAUGACAUUCAACAUUUCCUGGUAUCUCCGCUCCUCUGUUUGUUUCAAUGAAGUUUUCAACACCCCUGACUUGAAGGCUGAGAGUUUGUUCGGCAGGCCUGAUAUGCUGAAUGAUGGCUGGAGUGGACACUACAGUCAGAGCUUCAUCUUCUUUGACAACUGCUCGGCCCUCUUCACUCCACAAGCCUACUACAAAGAGUUUGCUCCGGUCCAUCCACUUGUAAGAUCUAUGACUGAGGACAGUCUUAAUCAGAGCGGGACAAGCCCCUUUGAGGACAAGCCGAUGGUUGGCGCGGUGGCCAAAGCGUGGUCAGACAGGCCGUACCUCUUCAUGGUGAAGGUGGACAUGGGCCACCGGGAUGGAGGCGAGGAGGAGAGGACCAGCAACAAUCCUAGUGGACCAUCCUUCACAAUGAUGGUGGAGAUGAAGGGUCCUCGUGGAUACUUGUCACCAGCUGACUGGCCCCUGAUGAUGUUCUACAUGGUCAUGUGCAUCAUGUACGUCUUCUUCGGAGUGCUGUGGCUGCUGUGGUGCGUCUGCUACUGGAAGGACCUCCUUCGGAUCCAGUUCUGGAUUGGGGCGGUCAUCUUCCUGGGAAUGCUGGAGAAGGCAGUGUUCUACUCGGAAUACCAGAGCAUCCGUUACAAUGGCGAUUACGUUCAGGGCAAUGUUAUAUUUGCUGAGCUGCUGUCUGCACUGAAGAGGUCUCUGGCCCGGAUCCUAAUGCUGAUCGUUAGUCUGGGCUAUGGCAUCGUCAGGCCUCGGUUGGGGACCACCGUGCAUCGCCUGGUGGCUGUGGGCCUGCUGUACCUCCUCUUCUCGUCAGUAGAGGGCGUACUUAGAGUCACAGGGAGUUUCUAUGGCACCGUGGCGCUGUUGGCCAACAUCAGCCUGUCCCUCAUCGACUCCUGCGUGAUGUGGUGGAUCUACAUCAGUCUGUCCCAGACCACAAGACUUCUUAAACUUCGCAGAAAUCUAGUGAAGCUGUCCCUCUACCAGCACUUUACCAACACCCUCAUGUUCUCCGUGUUGGCCUCCAUUGUAUUUGUUAUCUGGACAACCAAAGUCUUCAAGCUCGUGGAUUGUCAGACUGGCUGGAGGGAUCUCUGGGUAGACGAUGCCUUCUGGAGGCUUCUUUUCUCCACCAUCCUGCUCGUCAUCAUGGUCCUACUGCGACCCUCAGUCAACAGCCAGAGGUUCUCCCACUCUCCUCUCAUCGACGAUGAUAAUGAGGAGGAGGAGGAGGAGGAGGCCAAGGAGCCCAUGCUGAACAAGGCCUUUGAGGGCAUGAAGAUGAGAGGCACUAAACCAGAGGCCAGUGACACUCAGAAACUCCUCAGCAAAGAGGAUGAAGACCUGAAGUGGGUUGAGGAGAACAUCCCCAUAUCUGUGGCUGACGUGGCCCUUCCUGUCAUCCUGGAUGAGGAGGAGGAAAUUCAAAAAGCUGAAAUGGAACGAUCUAAAAUGGAGUAGCUGGGGGAAGUAAGCUGAAUGACACACAAGCACACUGCUGUGCUCAAAUACAGUAAGAUACAGUCUGGCCUGGACCUGCCUGGUGCCUAUAAAUAUUACUGUUUUGAUGGACAUGAUUGACAUUUGGACAUGUUAUUUUGUACAGCUUGUAGCCUACGGUUGUACGACACUGCUGUGACAAUGCUACCAAUUAACUUGCUGAAAAAUCCUCUCUCAAGCGGUUCUUUACUCAACUUCUAUACUUUGUCACUGGGCUGCAAUGUUGAUGGAUCAUGUUUCCUGUAUGCUGGUUGUCUAAGUUAAGUCCCCCAUUCCGGCCAUGCAUUUGUGUGCAAUAUUAUAAGAAUUGUUAAAAGGCAAUUAACUUAUUUAUUUUUGUCACUGUUAAGGUUUUAAAUGGGAAGAAGGGUAUGUAUGAUAAGAGUAUGAUCAUGUAUUGUAUAGAUAUAAAGGUUGAUUUGAAGUACUACUGUUUGUGAGACUUUCUGUUGCUGGGAAUUAAAGUUUGUAUGAAA